AUGCAGCUUAUGAUGAAUGAAGAGACGGCGAUGCAUGGGAUUCUGGCUAUCAGUAUGCUCUACGAGGGCUUCGAACCGGGUUGGAAGAAUGAACUGCCCAAUGAAACGGCGCUCAACCAUUAUAACCAUGCUAUACGAUUCGUUGCAACUAAAGAGUUGCAGGACAGCACUAUCCUCGUUGCGUCGGUGCUUUUCACUUGCAUCGAGUUCCUUCUCGGAAAUAAAGAAGCUGCGAUAACGCAUUGCAGAUACGGUAUCAUGAUGUCAGGAUCGAGCGUCACUCAAGAUCGGACAGUGUGUGCGAUGCUUCGCCAUCUCAGCAUCUUCCCUUACUUUUUCUCCACGGCCGAGAUUCCUCUUCCUGCCAACGGACCGUGUGACUUUCGAUUUAAGAGCGCAUUAGUUGCAGCAUUUGAGAUGGAUGAACUCAUGGGUCGAGCAAUCAGACUGGUACGGUCAUUAGACGCCUACAGACUAGGAGCUAGUCCUGAACCUGUGUCAGUCGGUACGUGGAAGGUACGAGAGAUGCUGUUGCAAGAUCUUACUGCAUGGAAGGUUGUAUUUACGGCGCUUUCUCUACACCCAGUCGAACCUACCGACUGUAGGUCCCUACUGCUGAUAAGGCACCUUGUUUGCUGGAUAUGGGUCAAUAUCGCGCCGGAGAGAGAUGAGAGGGCAAGUGAUGCCUUCAGGGAAGGCUUCGCGCAGAUUGUUGGCCUGGCGAAGGGGCCUUCUCAGGACGUGUCGAGGCCGAAAUUUACGUUUGAUAUGGGAAUAGCGCCGCUUUUGCACUUCGUGGUCAUUAAGUGUCGCCAUCUGCAGAUACGGUUGGACGCGUUAGAAGUCAUCCGAACGAUGGGAAAUGCGAGGGAAUCACUGUGGGAUACAGCAACGAUGUACGCGAUCGGGAAAUGCCUCAUUGAGAAGGAACACGGCAUUCUUGUAACAAUAGGAAUGUCCGUGGUGGAAAACGAACUCCCCACAGACGAUAGAAGGGUUCGAGACUCCUAUGUUGAGGAUGGUGUAUCGGAGCAUGUCAAUGAGCACGGAGAGGUAAUUCUUCGCCGCAAGAUCUACUUGUUUGUUCGUGAAGGAGCUACCAUUGUGAAAAGGGCGCACUGGUUAACGCGGACGGUCUCCAGACAUGGCUAG